AUGGCUUCCCAAAACCCUAACGCUCGAACCCCAAUGUAUCCACAAGUGAUCGCCUCAAACCCAGAAACCUCAUCCCCGUUUUCCUCCUCCAAUUCCGCUCAGCAAUCAUCAAUCUACCCUAGAAUAGACACGGAAGACCUCGUCGGAAACCUUUUCCCAGAACAUUACGAAACUACCCCUGAUCACAAUCCCAAUUGCCCAUCCGCCCCNUACCCUAGAAUAGACACGGAAGACCUCGUCGGAAACCUUUUCCCAGAACAUUACGAAACUACCCCUGAUCACAAUCCCAAUUGCCCAUCCGCCCCAGCCGAGUCCGUCGAAGAGACACUCCUUGUCGUUCCCGGCGCAAUCCUUCAUUUAAUCGACAAACAAUACUCCGUCGAGCUCGCUACCGGAGAUUUAUCCAUACUUCGUCUCCGACAAGGCAAUAAUAUCGUCGCCGUACUAGCCCGAAUCGCCGAUGAGAUUCAGUGGCCAUUGACGAAAGACGAAACCGCGGUAAAACUCGAUCACUCGCACUAUUUUUUCUCGUUCCGUGCUCCUAAAGAGAGCGGAUCGGACUCAGACGACGAGGAAACAACUAAUAAACCGUCGCCAGAGACGGAGGAUAUAUUGAAUUACGGAUUGACGAUUGCGUCGAAGGGACAAGAGGGUUUGUUGAGGGAAUUGGAUGGGAUUUUGGAGAAUUACAGUAGUUUUUCGGUACAGAAGGUGGAGGAGAAGGGGGUAGUAGUGGAUGUGGCGAAGGAACUGAGUCCGUCGGACUUGAAAUCAGAGAAGAAGAAGGAGGUUUUGGAGGGGAACUGUGCGGCGUAUUGGACCACAUUGGCGCCCAAUGUGGAGGAUUACAGUGGAACAGCAGCGAAAUUGAUUGCGAUGGGUUCGGGUCAGCUGAUCAAAGGGAUUUUGUGGUGUGGGGAUGUGACUGUGGAUAGAUUGAAAUGGGGGAAUGAGGUUAUGAAGAAGAGGAUGAGUGCGGGAGAGAAGUCAGAGAUUAGUCCUCAGACAUUGAAGAGGAUUAAAAGGUAUGGGGAAGAGGCAGCCAAGGCAACAAGUGAAGGGCUUGAUGCUGCAGGGCAUGCCAUUGGAACUGCUUGGGCCGUUUUUAAAAUUAGAAAGGCACUCAACCCAAAAAGUGUUAUGAAACCAACUACCCUGGCCAAAUCUGCUGCUAAAGCUGCUGCUGCUGCUGAGAAGAAGGCUAAGAGUUCUAAGUAA